CACACUACUGCUAUAAGCUGCUGGCUUGUUUUAAGUAACCCAAACACUCUCCCUCCUCAACCCUUCAUCAGCUCUUCUCUUUCUCCUUCUGCAGCUUUUGAGCUGAUCAUCUUCUCCACAGCCAAAGAGAAGACAAUACCAGAGGCAGAGAAGGACUGUAUCGUCAUUUCACCCAGAUUCAGAGACAGAUCAAAGAGGAUGGAAGAAGCACCGAGCAAUGAAGAUCACGAGGACAUCCCUGUCCCCAUAAACACCUCUUACGGUGGACCUCACGCCCACUUGAUCCACACCCACCACCACCGUCACAAUUAUGACCCUCUUAGUCUUAAUCCACCCGCCGCCACAUUCCCGCCGCCGCCGCCACCAGCCGCCGCACUAACCACACUCGUCGACGACCAGAAGACGAGAAGCAGCAGCAACGUGAGGUACAGAGAGUGCCUCAAGAACCACGCAGCCUCCAUCGGCGGGACGGCCACCGACGGCUGCGGCGAGUUCAUGCCUAGCGGCGAACAAGGCACCAUCGAAGCCCUCACUUGCUCCGCCUGCACCUGCCACCGCAACUUCCACCGCAAACAACAACAACAACUCCACUCCUCCUCCUCCCCACUCCUCCUCCUCCCCUUCCACCACCGCCGCCACAUGAUCACGUCGUUCAACAUGCCAGGAGGAGGAUCGUUGUCCGAUUCCGACGACCACGAUCGACUGCAAGAAGUCGAUGACGACGACGGUGGUGCUAGUGGUGUUGGGCUAUGUCACGCAACAACACAGAUGGUGGCGGUUACCAUGGCUGCUGGUUCUGCCGCAGCAGCCACCAGCCAUCGCCAGCAUUACUACAACAACAACGGAAACGGCGGCGGCGGCGGGGUGGGGACGGGGAAGAAGAGGUACAGGACGAGGUUCAGCGUGGAGCAGAAGGAGAAGAUGCUGGAGUUCGCGGAGGGCGUCGGGUGGAAGAUCCAGAACCAGGAGGACGACGGCGUGGUGCAGCGGUUCUGCAACGAGAUCGGCGUCAAGCGGCGGGUUCUCAAGGUGUGGAUGCACAACAACAAGCACCACCACAACCAUGCUAAUUCCUCCAACCAGCACGGCGGCGCCGCUGCUUUUGCCGUUGACGGCGCCGUUACGGCUGCUCCUGCUGCUACUUUUACCACGUCUGUUGCUCAUCCUUCUGCCACGACCACUUGAUUAUUAUUAUUAGCUGGUAUUAUCACUGAGUUAACAUUACAAACCUGAAUGAGUAGGUAAUUAUUAUUCUAAUGAUGGUGAUUAUAGUUAUGGUCACCUUUAUGCAUGUGGAUUUUGAGUAAUAAAUAAUAAUCACUACUUAUUGUUACUGUU